UAUCCUUCUACCAUCACAUUCACUCGAGAUCUUCUCCUUCUCUCUCAAAUACUCAAGGAAAAAAAAAGUUCUUUUAGCCUUCCCCAUCCUAUCAAACAUGGCUGGUGCCAAGACUGUCUGUGUUCUCUUGCUGUGCAUGGUGCUCUCCGCCCCCAUGUUGAACGUUGAAGCCUUGUCAUGCGGUGUUGUGGCCGGUAACUUGGCACAGUGCCUUGGCUACCUGAGAAAUGGCGGGAAAGUUCCUGCCGUUUGCUGCAAAGGAGUUGAGGCUCUCAACAAUGCUGCUAAAACCACUCAAGAUCGCCGAGAUGCUUGUAAUUGCAUUAAAACAACCGCCGCUCAACUUGGUGGGGUUAAUUCUAACUACGCAGCUGCUCUCCCUGGUCUCUGCCAUGUUAAUAUUCCGUACAAGAUCAGCACAUCCACUAACUGCGCCAGCAUCAAGUGAGGUGAGCAAGAUCGAGCAUCAUCCAUCGGGUUGCACCAUGAUCAUAAUAAAAUAGGUGUUUGCCUCUAUAGAUGGGUCUCCACAAUCAGUCUCGUGUCGUUUGUCUUUUUCUGUUUUAAUGAGUAUCGUGUGUCGUUAUCCAUGUAUCUUUUGGCGGUAUGCAAUAUGUUAUGAAAAUAAUAUUCUACUAUUUUAUUUAUGUUA